AUAAAUAGAUAUAUCGAUCUGUGGUCACACAAGAAUCAUCUCUCCUUAAUGGCUAUAGUGUAAUCAGUUAAAGAGACCAAUGAAGAUACAUCGUGCCAUAAUCCUGGUGACACUCUUGGCUUUGAUCAAGACCGCCGUUUCCCAACUUCAAUCGAUUGAGCAGUGCAGAGAGGUGUUCGACAGUUUCAUGCCGUGCAUGGGCUUCGUCGAGGGAAUCUUCGAGCAACCUUCUCCACAAUGCUGUAGAGGCGUGAGCCACUUGAACAAUGUCGUCAAGUUCAAGACUCCAGGAUCGAGGAAGAAUGAGCAGGGGACUGGACAGUUAGAGAGAGUAUGCGAAUGCAUAGAGAUGAUGGGAAAAUCAGAUCAUCUUCCUUUUCUGGCAUCCGCCAUCAACAAUCUUCCUCCCCUUUGUUCUCUUUCGCUCAGCUUUCCUAUCUCUGUUGGAAUGGACUGUUCUCAGUUUAGAAACAUGAAGGAACUCGACGCUGAAAAAGUAAACUAGUUACAAGAAGAUAUGAAUAUUGGAAAGGGAAGACUUGUAAUAGCUAUCUGUGUAUGAUAUAUAUAAUUUAGCUUAUUGUAUUAGUGACGAGUCUUAAAAAGCAAGCAAAUGUUAAGUUCUAUAAGCGGUUAUAGUAUUAAUAUUAUGUGUACUAGAUACUUUGCCCGGGCUACGCCCGGGUUUAUUCAAAUAAUGUUGUAUUUAAUAUCAAUAUUACAAUAUAUUACUUCUA